AUGCGGCCGAGAAGAAAAAGAUCAAGACAAUUGGGUGCUGGAACCGUUCAUGUAAGUAUCCAUGAUUAUUUUGAUUAAUGUUUAGGCACCUACUAUUAUAUUCCAAGCUGUGAAUCAGCUAUUCGUACAAUUUUUUCUUGAACAUUUUUGGCCAAGAAAAUUUGAUGUUUUUGCUGAGAAACGUUUCCAUCGGAAGCGAAAAAGAAGCUUGAGGCACGGAACUUAUCUCUUCCGCCUGUGUUUCUCCCGAGAAUUUGAUAAAUUCGAAAAAAAUUGCGAAUAUUAUACUUGGCCAUGAAUAAUAUUUUUAGCCAUUGAAAGAAGGGUAAAUUUUGUCGAAUAAUUUACGUGGCAUUUUUUUGUAUUUUUAGGCAGGUUUUGUGAGAAGAUAGCAGCGAAUAAAGAUUCUGUUGGUUUGUGGUGUAUCAAACUAGUUUUUUAAUAAUUAGAGGCCUAAAAUCAAGUACAAUAUAAUCUUGAUCUCACAAAGGGUAUUUUUUUGGGUUUAUUGUUAUCAAAAAUUUCUACAAAACUUUUCCAGACGCCGAGCUUAUCCAGCGACUCGGAAGUGGAGCGUUCCAUUGUCAGAGACGUGAGGGCAAUGCCAGGCGACAGUUCCGCCAACCAAGGUAAGUAUUUUCUCAUUAUAUUUUUAUCGCUUUAGGCGGAGCUCAAGAUACGGUUGACGGAGAUUUGCCUGAAUAUGUGGCACAAGUGCUAGCUUCACUUCCACCUGAAGAUCGUCAACGUUUCCGUGAAUCGUAUGAGAAGAAGAACUACACUUUAACCUUUAGUCCGGAGGCUUUGUCGCCGGUCAAGAGCCCUCCAAAAUCGGUGCAGAAACGACCGAUGAGAACGCGGGGUUCGGUGGAUGUCAGCAGCAGAAGUGUAAGUCCACUUUGUCUUUGUUUUUCUUGGUUUUUAGGUAGAGAAUAGUUCAAGAUGAGUCAAGUCUUACCCUCUGCCAAAUAGCUUACUGGAGUAAAAAUGCAAAAGCUCUGAAAGAAAAUCUUUUUAGAACAGUCGAAAAUUACUUUGAUUUCUUUUUUACAUUUUUUAUCACCUUCUCAAGUACAAUAUAAAUUGUUCAGUCCGAACAGCCGUCAUCAUCAAGCAACAGCCGCGCUCCGAGCCAGGACCUCGCUGACAUAAUCCUGGUCCAUUCCGAGACUUCAAGCAAGGCCAAGAAACGAGCAACGUACCGAAGGCGAGAUCAGCUAUGGAAACCCGAGUUGCUAGACGAAGUGGAACAAGCCCGUGCGGAGUGUAUACCCGAAGGUGAUGUGAAAAUUAUAUCAUCAGAGUUACCGAAUCAUGUAAGUUUAGAAUUUCGUUGGUUUUUGUCUCCAGAGACAAGUUGAAAUCCAUGAAAUGAAAUUUCAGAAGUGGUGGGAGGCCCAUGGUGACAGAUUCCGGGAACGGAUGCUGGACAAACGCUACGAUGUGAACAAUUUGCCGGAAAUCAAACGAAUCGGCAAGAAGAACCCGUUGUCGGCCGAGGAUCGGGAGAAGUUGAGCAAGGCGUUGGCGGCGGUCUUCACGAAGCGAAAGCAAGAUGAGAAGUUGGCUGCGAAGGCGGCUGAGGCCAAACGGCGCAAGUCGAGAGGUUCGUUUUUCCAGUGCGCUAACUGAAACUAGUGUCAAACCCUUGCCUUGGAAAAAAAUUCGAGUGAACUUUACCUUUUUGGGUCAAGUCUUCCGCUCAGGGGUCAAUGCGCGAAGUGAAAGUAGUAUCAAACUUUUGCCCUGGGAAAAAGUUCGAGUCAACUUUUCCUUUUUGGGCCAAGUCUUCUGCUCACUCAAAAAACAGGGACCAAUGCGCUAACUGAAACUUGACUGAAAAUGGUAGGGCACAGCUCGGAAAACUUGCACGGGCACAGCUCGCAUCUUGGGCGCAGCUCGAAAAACAAGGUGAAACUUAGCUCCGGCGAGCUGCUGAACCCUGUUUUCCGAGCUGCCCUCGAGAUGCGCCCGUGCAAGUUUUCUGAGCUGCGCCUUACCAUUUUCAGCCAUGUUUCAACGCUAUCGCCCCAGUUUUUAAGUGAGCGGAAGACUUGACCCAAGAGGAAAAGUUGACUCGAAUUUUUCCCAGGGCAACAGUUGACACUAAUAUUCCAAAUUACAGCCUCCAUGGAUGUGUCAGAGCCCGGACCAACUGCAAAACAGUCGAAUGAAUACGAAGUGGAACGAAUUUUGAUGAGGAAAUUUCAUCGGCGUUCGAAUGUUUUGUGGUACCUGAUACAUUGGAAAGGGUGGUCCUUGGAUGACCUGACUUGGCAGACGGAGGAAGACGUCCAGACAGCGCCUCUCAAAGUGAGCUUGACUGUUUUUUGGGGGUUUUUUUGAAAGUUGAAAUGGUUUUUGAUGUUUUGGUAUCUAAGUUUAUAUAAAAUAAGAAUGAGUUGAUAAUAAGAAUAAUUUCGUAGUGGACGUUUUUGUCCCCACCCCGGUUUUGUCCCCAAGACGGUUUUGUCCCCAGGACGUUUUUGUCCCCACUUUUUUCGAGCCUUUUUGUCCCCAGACCGGUUUUGUCCCCAGGACGGUUUUGUCCCCAAGACGUUUUUGUCCCCACUUUUUUUAUUUUUUGUCCCCAGACCGGUUUCGUCCCCGGGACGUUUUUGUCCCCAAGCUGGAUAGUACGAUUAAAAAUUAUGCAUUCAGAUGUUAAUGCUGUUGGUUUGAAGCCCCGCACUUCCCAAAAAAUGUGUUUUUAGCACUUGGUACUGUAUAGUACAAGGUGGUACUAUAUAGCACGAGGUAAAAAUUAAGCCAUAACACGUCAAUGCUAGGGGUUGAAGCCCAGUACUUCUCAAAAAUGUGUUUUAGCACAUGGUACUAUAUGCACGAAUUUGGUUUUGCACAAAAUGAACGUCUGAUCACUACUGCAUACCAAAACAACGUCAUUCACGCGUUAAAGCUUAAUUUUUGCCUCGUGCUAUAUAAUACCACCUUGAACUAUACAGUACCAAGUGCUAGAAACACAUUUUUUGAGAAGUGCGGGGCUUCAAACCAACAGCAUUAACAUCUGAAUGCAUAAUUUUUAAUCGUACUAUCCAGCUUGGGGACAAAAACGUCCUGGGGACAAAACCGUCUUGGGGACAAAACCGGGGUGGGGACAAAACCGGGCCCAAUCGAAUAAUUUCUAGUUGUGUGUUGAUUCUUUUUAUUAUUAGCCAAAGCUUCUUGAUGUGUUUACGAAGUAUUUGGAGAGCUGUAUUGGCCAAAGAAAACACUUGACACUGGGACAAGUCUCACCUUCAAACUUGUAAUGAGUCAAAUUCUUUUCAGGUGGAAGAAUUCAAUAGUCGAAUGGAUCUUCUGGACAAAAUAAAACGAAAAGUUGGCUAUAGGGACCGUGUUCAUUACCCAUACCAUCGAAGUCAAACGCUGAGCCUUCUUCGGUUGGAGCACUUCAAAAAACUCGCGGAAUGGGAAACUUUUCUGAACAAUAUCAACAACAAGCAUGGAAUUGCCAACAUUUGGAUCGAGAACUGGGCCGACGAUGCUCGAGAACCGCUGAAAUUUCAAUACGGCCAACGGAAUCGGAUCACAGAGGCGGCGGCCGCAAUUUUCAACGAUCGAAGUGUGAAAAACUUUUCGUGCGCCAAGAAAUGCGGUGUGAAAUGCACGCGGAAGACUUGUUGUGGAACGGUGAGUUGGUUUGGAACUUACGUUUUGAGAUUUGAUAUUAUGUUUGGUUUUAGCAACAUUCCGAAGGCAUGCCAUACAAGGACAAUAUCCUGGUGAUUGAUACGGUCCAAUACCAUGCCAUUGAAUGCUCAGUAGGAUGCAUAUGCCCCAAAGAUUGCCCGGCCAGACUGAUUCAGGUAGGUCAGAAGGAGUUGGAGGAGUUUGGGGACGUCUUAUACGGUGAAACAUGUUUUGUCGUAUAAAAUGUCGCCCUUGAUUUAAUUGGGAGAAAUUAAAUGUGCAUGGUUUAAUUAGGUUCAGCGACCUGAUUUUUGCCCAUAUUUUAGCCAUGGAGACAUCUUGUACGAUUAAACAUGUUUUAUCGUAUAAAAUAUCACCCUUGAGUUGUUUGGUAAAAAUUAAAUAUGCACUGUUUAAUUAGGUUCCAGCGACCUGAUUUUUUCAUUUUUUAGCCAUAGAGACAUCUUAUACGAUUGUACAUGUUUUGUCGUAUAAAAUGUCCCCUUACCAAAUUUUUGUAAAAUGAAUUAUUGCAUAUAAAAUUAUGCAUUUUCGGCUUUUUAGAGAGGCCGACAAGUCCCGGUAAUCCUAUUCCGAACGGCGGAACGAGGCUGGUCCAUCCGAACUGCCGUCAAUAUCCAGAAGAACCAGUUUGUAAUGCAGUAUGUUGGCGAGGUUUAUUUGUGUGUCAACGCUCCUGCUGAUGUGACCUACCAAUACAUCAUGGACACGUGCGGUUCCGAUGAAUCGGUCUUUUGCAUCGAUGCCACUAACUAUGGAAAUGAGGCGAGAUGGGUGAAUCAUUCAUGUGAUCCUAAUCUGAAGUGUGUGGGGAUCUUGGCGUCCAGAUAUGACUAUCGAUACCAAGAACUGUGCUUUUUCGCCAAGAAGAAUAUUGAAGCUGGUAAGCAAAAAAAAGAAAUUUUUUUGAUGCAGAUCGUAUAAGAUGUCACCUGAAAUACGGUCUUCGUAUAAAAUGUCACCUCAGUGACAGAUAGAGCAUAUUGUAGUUGGAGGAGCAUAUCAUUUCGUUACUUUAUUUGAUGGCCAAGUAGGGACUUUUUUAUUUAAAACGCGAGCUGCGCCCGAGCUUAAUCUUCAAUUUAGAUUUUAGGAGGUCAAAAUUCGAUAGAUCGUUAUUUGUAUAACCGAUUUCGAUUUUUCAGGCGAAGAACUCCUCAUUGACUAUGGCCACAAACUAAAUCCCUGCCACUGUGGAGCCCUCAAAUGCAGGAAUCCUCCGAAACGUGGCUACUGA